AUGACUCCCGAUCGAGCUCUUCGUCGAAGUGGGGUGCAGGACUUGAAUAGACUAGCUUGCGAGGAUGAGGUUACAUUUGGGCAAAACACUUUGUUGGGGACACUUCUUGACACAACAGGCAUCGAAUGUGCGUCUAUAAUGGAGCUUGCGUUUGGGUUAAUACGCUUGGCUAAACAGGCCCAAAUCGCCAAGAAAGAGGCUGCCGGAGAUUUCUCCCACUUGAAAGGCAAAGACGGUGCUCAGUCUUCUCUCCCUCAGCCAACGCUCCCCACGAUCUCUUUGGACGAUGAUGAAUCUGAUAUCAAGACCGUCAACAAUAGUCGUUAUGCUGGGUCCGUCCGAACGGGCAAAGACAGCUAUUGGCCUGAUCACAAGGACGACUAUGGUGGCUAUAUGGCAGAUUACCCUCCCAUGCCUGCAUUCGAUCCCAAUGCAUACCCACCUCAACCUGGUUAUGCCAACUAUGCCCCAAGUUUGCAUGACGAUGGUAGCACACUCUACGGUGAACAUGAUGACUAUGGCUCCAAAGGUCUACUCGCCCAUGGACAGGCGCCAGCUCAGAGCGGUAAC